AUAGCUUCUCCGCCAGAAGAUUUAAAUAUCUGCGCUCGCAAAGUUUAUCCACUUACUAAUCUGUCUGUGUUGUGUGAGUGCUCCUUGGCCCAUGUCUUUUCCACUUUCCAUCUGGUUUUAACUAAAAACAACUGGUAGCCUAAAGCAUGGCGAGCGAGGUAAAAACUUCGGCAUUCUGGCGCGCUGUCCUGGGAGAGUUGGUUGGAAUGAUCCUUUUUAUAUUCAUUGGCAUCACGGCUGCUAUCGGAAACCAGAACAACAACGGCCCCGACCAGGAGGUCAAGGUGGCACUAGCGUUUGGGUUGGCCAUUGCCACGCUCGCGCAAAGUCUGGGGCACGUCAGCGGGGCACACCUCAAUCCAGCCGUGACCCUGGGCCUGCUGGUCAGCUGCCAGAUCAGUGUUCUCCGUGCUGUGUUCUAUAUCGCCGCUCAGAUGCUAGGGGCUGUCUUAGCCAGUGCUGUUAUUUUAGGACUAAGGCCAGCCAGCAUUAAUGCUUUAGGCUUGAACCAGCUGAAUGGAGUCACUGCUGCUCAAGGCUUUGGCAUAGAGUUCCUGCUCACUCUCCAGCUUGUGCUAUGCGUCAUUGCCACCACAGAUAAAGGGCGAUGUGAUGUUAGCGGUUCAGCACCGCUGGCCAUUGGUCUCUCUGUGUGCCUCGGACACCUGGGAGGAUUAAGUUAUACAGGGUGUGGCAUUAACCCUGCUCGUUCUUUCGGGCCAGCAGUCAUAUUAAAGAACUUCGACUACCACUGGGUAUACUGGGCUGGUCCCAUGAGUGGGGGUAUUGUGGCUGCCCUCCUCUACAACCUGCUUGUGUGUCCUAAAAUUGGCAACCUUCCCAAGAAUCUCAAGGUCUUGUGCCACGGUGAUUGUGCAAGUGAGCGAGAACCUCUGCUGGAUGGUGCUGAGGGAGACCAGUGGACCAAGCAGUGAAAACAUAUGCACAUUUCAGGAGCCUGAUUUUGUGAAAAUGGCAAUAAAAAAAGGAAUAGGAGCAAAUGUUGUUGAAUGUGUCUGCAUCUAUUUAACCGCAACAUUUGGAAAGGGAAGGUGGCUGCUUUUGCCGUCAGCCUUCAUAGCUCAACAGGUUGAAUGUUGUAUCGUGACGGACUGUCACAAUGUGAAAAAACAUGGACUUUCUGACACCACAAAUGUCAUUCUGAUGAUUGAUUUAAUAGAAGCCUAACCAUUACUAUGAAACAUCUUCAUUCAGAAGUCCAAUAUAAAUGUGUAUGUAUUCCUCUAAUGCAUCAAGGGGUAGACCUCAG